UCUCACGCAGACUGCCAUCGCCGAUUGUAGGCUGUCCUGCUGCUGGUCUUUCUGUCAUAGAUUUCUAGUUUGUUGUUAUUCAUAAUGGCAUCGAAGAAGCUGAUAAAUCUACACUUCAUCGCAGGGCAGUUGUGUGUUUGGCAUGCUGAUGAAGUGGAAAUACUCCGGAGUGAACACCACAUAGUAGGUUCGUUGAUCGGUGCCUUGCCAGGAGCCCCCCGACAGAAUACCCAGCUUGGUCUGCCUCUUCAGCUCAUGCCUGAAGAAGCUGCAGUUCUCCUUCAACAUGGAGUUGCCAGACUUGUGACUAUGUCUGUAGCCAAGCCCAGUAAGCUUCAGGUUAAGGAAUUCAACCAGCAGAGAAUGGAAUCCAUGAAAGAACAGAAACAUUUGUGGCAGGAGCAAGUUGUUGAACAGAGAGAAAAUCUAAAGGAAGUGAUUGAGGAAGGAAGGAGGAAAAAGAAGGAGAGAAAGAAACAAUUGCGCCAAAAGUUGUCUAGUACAAAAGGGAAAGAUGAAAGAGACGUUCCUUCGAUAAAGGAAGAUAAUGAUUCAGAGGAAAGAGAAAAAAGGACCCAAGAAUCAAUGUGUCCUGGAGAGAUGUCGAUUGAAAGUAGGAUAGAAGAAGGAAAGAAUCACACAAUGGGAGGAGAGGAAGACAUUGAUGGAAGACUCUGUGCCUCGGAUGUGCAGGGGAUCGAAGGAGAGAGUAUUUUGAAAGGGAAAGAAGGAAUGAGCAAAAUGUAGUCUGGAAACCAACCUGAUGGACAUGAUCGGAGAAGAAUGGAGGAUGAAGAAGCCAAAGGAAAUGAAACUCUUGAGGGUCAAGACACAGAGACUAUCAGGAAGGCUUGUGGUGCGGUUAGGCUUCAUGAAGAUGAAUCAAAUGUACCAAGAACUAAAUCUUCAUUAAAUCAUGAUGAUGGAAUAGGAGUCACUGAGGAGUGUACCAAUGCUGAGUUAAAGAGAAAGAAAUCCCCAACAGAGUGCGAAAGUGAAGCGGUCUUAGCGUCUCCUCAUGUUGGGAACGAGUGCUUCGCUGACGAGGAGAAUGAUGAAGAUGGGAAAAGGAGAUCGAUUGAGGAGGAAGAGGAUACUGUCAAGGAGGAUGGGUGCUCAGUCCAGCUUUGUACAGCUGAACCAGUGGACAGCAAGUUCAUCUUGGAGGCACCUCCUAGUGCUUGGCGCUACCCCUCUACGGAGAGGGAGAAGCUCAAGUGCAGGGUGUUCCAACAUUUCUGGGAGAUGGGGUACUACAUGACGUCGGGCACCAAGUUUGGAGGAGACUUCCUGGUGUAUCCUGGUGACCCUUUUCUCUUCCACUCCUACUUCAUCGUUGUAUGCAUACCUCACCACAAACAACUGUCACCACUCGAGCUGGUCAGCCAUGGCAGGUUAGGGACGUUUGUGAAGAAGGCUGUGGUCUUGUGUUCCGUCAAUAGCCAGAAAGAAGUCAUCUGUACGUCAAUUCAGUGGGCUGGAAUAAGUUAGAGUGUACUGAACAGUACGCUGAAGCGCUCAUGAAGAUGGUAGCCCUAGAGGGUUCUGCCCUCGGUAGUGAAUGUGUUUUCCGGGAUCGUACAAAUCCUCUAUAGUUAUAUGAGGAUGCAGAUAUGUUCAAUAAAUACAGAUUUAAUAGGGAAGGAGUGUUAUUCAUAAUAAACGAGUUAUAGGGGAUAUAGCAUGGCAAAUACUGGUUAACGCCAUCUACGACAUCUUUUGGACAACUGCACGUAACGAAUGGACUUGUUUAACGGUCA